AUGUCUGUCGACAGUGAGAACAUUCCAAAGCGUUUUUCUGCUUUCCGGUGCGUCCGAUGCCUGUUUUCUGCGCUUUCCGACGGCAUCGACGAGAUCAAAAUCCGGGAGGCGUGGCGUGAGCCGUUCGUCGUCUUUUUCUUCUUCAUGCAAGCUUCUUUGCCAGAGGCACACUUGCCGAAGAAUAAGGAUGCUGACCAACCCAGCGGCGGCCCGUUCUGCUGUGAAUGGUAUCCUGCUGGCUCCUCAGAAGAAUGGCUCUAUGACGUCUUCAUGCGAAUUGGCCAGUAUCAGAUCGAAGAGUGGGCGGUUGUCACCGAAAGCCUGACAUGUGAUGGAUUGUGGUCAAUCGAGUACCUAACUCAACCAGACUUAACACGAGGAAGGCACGAGAAGCAAGCGCACGGAAAUGGGAGUUGUACUCGUGAAGCAGGAACCGCAAGGCUGAAAGGCACUGUACGAUUGCCUUCCUCUCCUUGGUGGGCGGCGGCGCUCCACUCGGCAACUAAUCCCUUCUUCCCUUUGUCGAUCUUCACCCAUAUCAGGAACCUCUCGCGAACUCUGAGUCUGAAAACGUACCAAGACAACGCCUUAUUCCUUCUUCGUAUAUUCGACACCUCGGUUUCAACUUAG